GCAACUCAUUAUUAAUGCAUAGCAACCAACUUUGGAACCUCACUACCCAGAAAUUAAUCUCUACCCUCUGUGUUUUGUGCGAUUGAUUAAUCAGAGUUGUUCAGUCUUCAUGUCUUCCUACGAAAGUGGUCCCUCGAGUCCAAGUGCUCGAAGUAUGAAGGGCUGGCUCUACACCGGUUACGGGGACUUCAAAGAAGUUCUGGAGCUUGAAACCGAGCUUGGGAUCCCGAUCAUCUCUGAAGAUCAGGUGCUGGUUAAGGUUGUUGCUGCUGCCCUUAACCCUAUUGAUGCCAAGAGAAUGGAUGGCUUCCUAGGGAAAAAUGAUUCCCCUCUUCCGAUCGUCCCAGGCUACGAUGUGGCUGGGGUGGUUGUUGAGGUGGGAAGCGACGUGACAAAGCUGAGCAUCGGGGAUGAAGUCUAUGGCCACAUCAAUGAGAAGCCAUUGGAGAACCCAAAGCAAUUCGGCACUCUGGCUGAGCUCACUGCCGUGGAGGAGAGACUACUGGCAAUCAAGCCCCAGAACCUGAGCUUUGUGGAGGCUGCAUGCAUUCCUUUAGCACUUGAGACCGCCUAUGAAGGCUUAGAGAGGGCUGGUCUCUCCACCGGCAAGUCCAUCCUUGUCCUGGGCGGUUCAGGUGGGAUCGGGACCUUCGUCAUUCAGCUGGCGAAGCAUGUAUACGGCGCAUCGAGAGUGGUAGCUACUUCUAGCACAGCAAAACUAGAAUUGCUCAGGAGUCUUGGAGCUGAUGUUGCCGUAGACUACACCAAACAAAACAUCGAGGACCUCCCAGAAAAUUUUGAUGUCGUCUUCGAUGCAGCCACUGGUGGCAAGAGUGACGUUGCUGUGAAGGCUGUGAAGGAAGGCGGGAGCGUUGUAACGGUUUCUGGGGUCGUGACACCGCCAGCUCUCAAGUUUAUUGUGACUUCCGAUGGGUCGAUGCUGGAAAAGCUGAGGCCUUUCAUAGAGCGCGGACGGAUCAGGCCCGUGAUCGACCCCAACUCCCCGUUUCCCCUCUCCAGUGUCCUUGAGGCCUUUGAACUUCUCGAAUCUGGACGUGCCAUUGGGAAGAUAGCCAUAUAUCCAAUACAGUGAAAGGAUGUACUAGUAGUAACUUAGUCAUUCGAGGUCGGGGCGAUGCUUGCUGAAUAAGUUGAUUUAUUAAUGGAAUUGACAAAUCUAGGGUGUUGUAUUUUCCUUAUAUGAUUGUAAAUCUACUAUCUGCAAACUAAUUUCGGGAGCUCAAAUACGUACAUUAUUAGUGAGAAGAAGCUCAUUUCAGUUCUUGUUAAAA